GUGUACAAGCAACCAAUAUUAGAGGCAGGUACAUAAGAUUUGGUGAGCUCUUUUUUAAGAAGUAUUAAUGCCUCUGUAGGUUCGUCUGGAUCUAUAAAGAACCUAUAUCUAGGAAUAAAUAUACGUCUCCAUUUAGCCUGGCUAAAUAGUUUGUAAAGUUCAUUUGUUAAGAAUACAGAGCUAAUUAAAAAACGGAUAUUUUUGGCGGUAAAAAGGUCCCGUGUCACAGACUAUAUUCUUUUUCCCACAUCUCGUGCGUUCCGGCUUACGCAUCAUAAAAAGUGUAGUACACACAACACAAAAGAAAAAUUACAAAACACUAUAAAUGCUAAAGGCGCCCUCUAUACAGACGCCGCUCAGUGUUGUUUUCCAGACCUCCCGCAACCCGCUGUGCUGGUCUCGCGGCCCGCCAUAAAUUCUCACGGCAAUAGCGGCAUCGCUUGCUGUAAACAAGUUUUAGCUAAAUACCUACAUUAUAAAUUAUUUAGUGAACUAUGUCUGACGACGGUUCAACAGUUGUUGAAAAGAAAGGACGCGGUAGACCAAAAGCCAAUGGAACACAACCUGAGUCGAAAGAACUUAAAAAACGAGGUCGGCCUCCAGCUGCCACCAGAACAAAAGAUUCUGCUAAGUCUUCUGAUGAUGAACAAGCACCAGUAGCUAAACGAGGUAGAGGCAGACCAAAAGGUUCCAAGAAAAAAGCGGGAGUCAAGGGCAAGGGUGAAGGUAGAGGUCGUGGACGGCCACGCAAAGAUGCACCACCUCCAAAAAAAGAUGCUGCUUCUACUGAGGAAGAACAGGACGAGGAUGAAGAAGAUGAAGGAUCUGAAGACCAAUAAAUACUUGUGGGUCUAAAAAUCUUAGUGUAAUUGUUCUCUGUGAUAAUUCAGUAUGUGUACUGUGAAAAUAAACUUUUGUUUCUCAUUAAUGGUUUCAAAAUUAAAAUAUUUGGUUAACUCUCAUGUUUCAAGUAACCUACUGAAUUAUCGUGAUAGCACAACAUUCUCAAUUGAGAUUAUCAGCCCAAAGUAUUCAUGUAAGAAAGGUUUGUUUUAAGAAAUGAUUUAAUUUUUAAUGAUCAUUAGUGCAUUUAAAUAUAAUGUAUGAACUAUGGUAGCUAUAUCUUACAUGAGUAAUUUUGGGAGGAUUCAGCUCUCGUCAACGUACAACUUUAAGAAAUAAUUAUAAGAUCUUUCUUGUAGAUUCUAUACAAAUAGGUAUUUUGUAAUUUCUUGAUUUAUAAGAUAGAUUUUUAGAUUUAUAACUUUUGACAUACAUAUGUCAAGUAUUAUUUUCUUUAAUAACGAAUAUUAUGUUUACUUUAAAUUUAAAUUUUAUUUUCCUAUUGAGUAAUAUGUAAAAAAUUGUAUCAUCUCCAGUUUGAUAAAAUCAUGUGGUAGUUUAGUAUUACAUUAAUUUUACAUCUUUGCUGACUGAACAAGUAUUAUUUCUGAUGACAAUUUUAAUAGUAUAUAUGUCUGUGAAUGUACAAUUUUAGAACAAAAUAAAAUAAAAAUCUUA